UAGAACGUUAUUAAAAACUACGCGUCUUAUUUUAAAUCAUUAAGUAGAUUCAUUCAUUUUUCCUUAGUUACAUUGUCAGCAGUAUUGUUAUUAUGUAAUAUAAAAAGGUAAAAAAGUAAAAAGAAGGAAAAAACCUGACUAGAUCUAUUACUAUAACGAUCACGUAUCAAUGUAAGGGAGUUUCGAAUGGAAAAUACACAGGGAUAUGGCAAAGGCACAUGACAUUGCGUCUUCGUCAGGCCAGGCAGAGAGUAAGAUAUUUUUCGGCGCAAUAGACUUUGGCACCUCGUUUUCUGGUUGGGCUUUUGCCUCUAGUACUGAUCUUGAACUUAACCAUCAGAAUCAACCUCCCACAAUAACAGUGAAGCCAUGGCGCUCCGAAUAUGCUACCCAUUCAACUGGAAAGACACCAACGUGCGUAUUGAUAAAGCCAGACGGGAAAAGCUUGGAAGCCUUUGGCUAUGACGCAGAAAAGAAGUACGACGAACUAGUUUCAGAACAAAAUGAUAAAGAAUAUUACUACUUCAAAGAUUUCAAAACAUGUCUUCACGGAAAAUACAACCAGCGACUUAGACUUGAUAUGACACUGAAAGAACAAGCUGGUAAAACACUACCUGUGAUAACAGUGAUAUCGGCAUCUAUCAAAUUUCUAGCCGAUGACAUGAUUGCUGAGUUAGAGAAAAGAAUUCAUGGCGUUAGACGAGAUGAUAUUCAAUGGGUUAUAACAGUUCCUGCAAUAUGGACAGAUCAGGCAAAAUUUAUGAUGAGGGAAGCUGCAGUCAAAGCAGGACUUUCGUCGCAUAGUAUAAUAUUUGCACUAGAACCGGAAGCAGCAUCGAUCUUCUGUCGUCAGCUUGAGUUGUUUGCGGAUGAUUGUGAAUCUGGUAGUACGUUAUCCUCCCUUAAAGUUGGCAGUAAAUACCUAGUGCUUGAUGCUGGAGGUGGUACAAUAGACAUUACUGUUCAUGAGGUUGCAUCUUCCCACGGCGUAAAACAAGUUGUCACUUCAGGCGGAAAUAUCAAGGGAGGAAAUACAGUAAAUAGAGAGUUUGAAAGAUUUUUAAUUGAAACGAUUUCAAUGGAAAAAUACAAUAGAUUUAAAGACUGCUAUAGAGGAGACUGGCUUUACAUUUUGAGUAAUUUCGAAGCACAAAAGAAAUCUUUUGAUCCUAAAAAAGAUAAAACCGUUACAAUUCGGUUCCCGGCUACUCUAAAAGAAGUAUUCGAAGAAAGAGACACCCAUGGAACGGUUUUUGAAAAGCUGAAACAUAAGCUACAGAAGAAAAGUAUUGAAGAUGCUGUCAAACGAACAUCAUUUGGAAAAGAUACAGAGGUUAAGAGGGACAAAAUUAUCUUUUCAGUGAACAGUUUUCAGCUUUUUUUCUCCACAGCAAUCAGUGACACAAUUAAACAAGUGCAAAAACAGCUAAAUAACGUACCCGAAGGAUCUAUAUCUGUUAUACUUAUGGUAGGUGGCUUCUCAGAAUGUUCUUCACUGCAACAAGCCGUGAAAGAUACCUUCUCGUCAAUCCCAGUGAUUGUACCUACUGAAGCGUCUACAGCAGUAUUGAAAGGCGCUGUGAUAUACGGACAUAACCCUCCUAUUGUGUCAGAGAGAGUAGUCCGGUAUACGUAUGGAGUGUCCACAACGGUUGCAUUUAUUCAGGGUGUUCACCCAGAUGAAAAACGGCUUGAAACAGACAGUGGCAUCUUCUGUGAUGAUAUUUUUAACAAACAUGUAACAGUGGGUCAGUCUGUAAAAACAGAUGAGCCACAGAAGACAGUAACAUAUAUACCGCUGUACACAAACCAAAAGUCUGUAGAAAUAGCUAUUUAUGCCUCAGAGUUGUCCGACCCAAUAUAUACUACUGACAAAGGUUGUCACAUAAUUGGGACUGUUCGGUUACAAUUAACCGAGACAGAUAACGUAUGUGAUGAUAACAUUUUGGUAUCUUUUGCAUUUGGAGGAACAGAAAUCGUUGUUACAGCAGUUGAAGAGAAAACGGGGAGAAAAGUUAAAGCAAAUGUCAAUUUUCUAGAAUAGUUUCAUUUGGAAAGAAUAUUUUCAUUUUAUAACAGUCGUCAAAAAUACACAAAAAAAAAUGAGUUGAAGUCUGACAAUGUUAUUGCUAAUUGUCGGUGACAAAGGAUGGUUUCAUUUUCAUCACGAUAUUUAUUCCGUCUGAGAAAUGAUAAAAUCAAACGAAAUCAACGCACUUUUCCGACUGAAAGUGUCUAUAUUGUUGUUUUUGUAAUGAUCAAACAUGUUAACAUUAUUUUUUGUGCAUUAAUCAAUUCCGAAGUGAAAAUACAAAUUUUACACGUUUUAUGUUGGAAUUGUACUCUGUGUAGCUUUGAAAGUUCCAUGUACACCGCCACGUGAACACGUCUGUUACUGUCUAAAAUUGUUUUUGGUAUUUUAGUAAUUGUAACAUAUGCAAAUGUUGAGUUCUGCUGAACCCGGGCUCUAGAGAGCGCGGGCGGCAGAAUACAUUUUCACUACCGUCAAUGAGCAGGCUUCCGAUAUUUCUAUUUUAAUAAUGGUCACUAUGGACUAAGAUUUGUCAGUUUUGAAACAAUCUAAUACGCAGGUGUUAGUGCGGUGAUGGUCUAUAUGUAAAGGCACCAAGACUAGCUUCAUUAUAUUGUUAUGACGAUAAAACUCUCUUACGAUUAAAUAAUUUUGAGGGUACGAAUGGGUGCUGUUUUAACACUGAAUUUACGCGAUACUUGCUGUAAUACAUUUGAGUAGUGUAUUGUGAAAAAGAGGCAUUACAACUACUUUUGAGCGAACUUAUUAUGCUUUUAUUGUUCGGAGACUCAGUGCUGAAAAUAAAAGUUCCAGGAGACUUUUACUUUUUCGUAAAAAACAGAUGGCACACUUCAUGAACUUUUACGGAACUCUAAAGAGUGAUAAGUAAUUACAACAGAUUCACUUAUAUUUCUUGAAUGUAAGUGACAUAAUAAAAUUCGUGACAGAAAUAUGAGAAAAUACUUAUUGAGAAUAGGUUUUUACAAGAAACAUAUAUACUAAUUUGGGUAUAUUUAAAACGAAAACUAUGACAGGUACGUUAUAAACCGAUGUAUUUAAGAUUUAAAUCACAGGUCCCUGGUUUAUCUUUUCCAUU